UGUUUUAACGUUAUGAAUUUAAUUGGCCGUAUAGCGUUUCCGUUCGCCACUGAGUGUCUCCAUGCCCAACAAUUUGAAUACUCCGCUUUCGUUACCAUAAUCAAUAAUUGCCGCCGUGAACUGUGAUCUGUGACUGUGCUAACGUUACAUAGAGAGCUUAAACUGUGAAAACUGUUAAUAGAUUUAAAUUAAAUCGAUUCAAACGCUGCUGACAUGUUGAUAGAGCCGAGCUUGAACCGUGACUUUGGCUCGCUAACUGCAGCAGGUUCUGGCAUCGCGACCGCACACUGGAAAAUGGAGCCACAUCCUCAACGACUUCCAUUGCUUGGAACGCACGCGUCAAGUGUGUCGGCAUCAGCAGCAACAACACUGACAACAACAACAACAGCGCCAACAACUGUGCAAAUACCACCAGGUUUUGGUGCUGCCACUGCCAACAAUGCUGCUGGCCCAACACCAACAUCAGCGGCAUCAGCAACAGCCGCCGCAGCGGCAGCGGCAGCAGCAGCAGCAGCGGCAGCGGCAACUGGCAACACACUCGGCGCUUUGAUGUCGCAGCACCGCCUUCUGGAGUUUUCCCGCUUUGGCGGACUGCGUGGCUAUGACAUUGCCCAACACAUGCUCACCCAGCAGGGAGCUGUCUCCAAGUUGUUAGGUUCCUUGCGACCACCUGGCCUAAUUGGUGGCUCCAAGCCAAAAGUGGCCACACCGACAGUCGUCUCCAAAAUUGAGCAGUACAAGCGCGAGAAUCCAACGAUUUUCGCCUGGGAGAUACGAGAGCGCUUAAUCUCAGAAGGUGUUUGCACCAAUGCCACGGCACCUUCGGUGAGCAGCAUCAAUCGCAUCCUGAGGAAUCGCGCUGCGGAGCGUGUGGCAACGGAGUUCGCUCGCACGGCAGCAUAUGGUCUGUAUCCGCCUCCUCCACAUCCGUAUGGCAGCUUCACCUGGCAUCCGGGCAAUGUGCCGGGUAGUUCUCCGGUACCACCACCACCUUCUGCCCUUUGGCCAGUAGCUGCUCCUACCUUGGCUAAUCUGCCGCCGAGUGCAGGCAACUCCACGCCAGGUAGUCUCAGCUUGAGUUCGGCCAAUCUGCUGGGCAACGUGUCCGGCGGAGGAGCGACCAUGAACAGAGCCAUCUCACCCGGCUCCGGCAGUCAUGAGACUCUCGAGUCGGCGGAUGAGAAUCGGCAGAUUGAUUCCGAUUAUCUGGAUGAUGAUGAUGAGCCCAAGUUCCGACGUAAUCGCACGACCUUCAGUCCGGAGCAGCUGGAGGAGCUGGAGAAGGAGUUCGAUAAGAGUCACUAUCCGUGUGUGAGCACCAGGGAACGGCUCUCCAGUCGGACGAGUCUCAGCGAGGCGCGCGUACAGGUUUGGUUCUCGAAUCGUCGCGCCAAGUGGCGUCGUCAUCAGCGCAUGAAUCUGCUGAAGCGACAACGCUCCAGUCCCGCCAAUCCCAUGCACUCCCAGCAAUCCAACGAUGGCCCCGCGACCAGUUCUCCCACGCCCAGCACGCACAGCAACACCUCCGCACCGACCACGCCCCUCGCCCAUCAAACACUGCUCUGUGCGGACUCUCCGCUUUCCUCGGCACAAUCUCCGCCUUCCGUUAUGAUGCAUCCGCUGCACGCGCUUCCUCCUGGUCCGCCGGGACAUCAUCAUCACCUGCCCGCGCAUCCUGCAGCCUUGCAGCUCUUCAGUCACUACCAUCAACAACAACAGCAGCAGCAACAACAGCAGCAACAACAUCAGCAACAUUCUCCUACAUCGCGAGGCAGUCCGACCUCCAGUCUGUCCAUGGGCGGAGAACGUAGUGCCUUCCGCAGCCUGGUAGGUUCCCCCUCAGCCGCCGCCUUUGCCUUGGGAUUGGCCAGACAAUAUGCGGUGGCUGCUUCCCUUACCGUGGCAGAGGAGCAACGCUCCCGACUGCAUUACCCCGGCGGAGAGUGUCCAACGUUGGUGACUGCGGGCUCCACGGUGACCGUGGACAACUCGUCGUCGGAUUCCGAUGAAGAGAUCAACGUGCACGACGAUUCCGACACUGAAAUUGAGUCGUCGGUGGCAAAAGUGACUCGCAUGUCAUCCUCCGAUGCACCGACGACGCUGCAGCUCCUAAAGCAUGACCGCUAGAGGGAGACACCAGUGACUGGAAAGAGAGUGAGCGAGGAGGAGUCGUUACGAGGCGAAUCCGACUGUCGGUCAGAGCUUCUAAUUAUAAAACUUGAGUUGUGUGCGCGUUUCUGAUUGACAGCGACAAUGCCCUCUCCCCCGCCUCACUCUGAGAUGGGUGGUAGAACGAGGGGGGGGGGGGAGGUGAAGAGGUGAUUGUUCAUGUUGCACUCUGUAACUUGAGACACGACAACGACAAUGCUGCUACAUUGUAGGCAACAACAGCAAAUA